UCUUGUUCUGUCUGCAAUGCAGGUAACUGGAAAACACAGCAAAUCAGCUUAGAGGUUCAGAUAAGAGCUGCGGCUGCAUUCCUCAGGGGGUGAGAGCGCGGUUUGGCCUCAGCCACGGACCACCACUUCACGCGCGCAGCGGUAUUGCUACAAUCAAUCACAAAAGACGGUGGGAGUGGACGCAGCGCGCGGGCUGUCUGUCUGCUCCUGGAGGAGGAGGGAGGCUCGUCGGCUGCCAAACCCGCUCCCAGCGUCCUUCGGCAGCUGAAACAGGAGCGGCAGCGGGAUGUAUUGAUCCGUCUGGGCUGCAGCGCGUCUCCAGAGGCUCGGAUCCUCCAUGCGCCAGCACAGGGAUGGAUCAGGAAUCCGGUGCGGCAGUGGCGGCGGCGGCGGCGGCGUCCGGGGCCAGUUUCAUCUCCCUGAGCGAACACGAGCAGAUGUAUUUCUCAGGUCUCCACGGUCUGUGCCAAGCUGACGCCUCUGGGAAGCUGUCGUCCAGCAAAGUGGCAGAGCUGCUGAAGGCGUCUCAGCUGCCGGCGGAAGCCCUGCAUAAAGUGACAGAGGUGUGCGGAGCCAAACACCUGGGCUACUUUGGUACCGCCCAGUUCUACGUGGCGCUGAAGCUGCUCGCGGCGGCCCAGUCCGGCCUCCCCGUCCGCCUGGAGAGCGUCACGGCGAGUCUACCUCUGCCCAGAUUUGUUGGCUUGAAGGCCGAGUCAGAGAUGCGAUACCCAGCACCUCCUGCAGGAGUAGAACCUCAGUGUGGCUCCACCACUGCGGCUGCGACCUGGAGCCCUGCAGACAGGAGCUCCUUCAGACACCUGGAGGCCAAUCCAGACAGGAAGGAGCCCUGGUCCCCUCCUCGAUCACCGUGCAGCUCCCCGCCUCGCUCCCCCCUCACCUACCGCAGCUACGCGCACGCCAAGCAGAGAAAUGGAGUUGAAGCACAAAUCCCGUAUGAGAGCAAAGCUUCCCCACGAGUGAAGGCUCCGCUGGAGCAGCUCUCCUUUCCCGCUCACUAUGCGGGUAAAGCCAGCGUGGAGCCUCCAGCUGCAGCCCAGACCUGUCCAUCAGAAAGAGACCAGCAGGUCACAGACGAAUGUGACAGCGACCCCUGGAGGAUCACAGAGGAACAGCUGGAGUAUUACACCAAUCAGUUCAAAACUCUGCAGCCUGACCUGGACGCUCUGAUCCUGGGAGGUGUAGCAAAGAACUUUUUUACUAAAUCCAAGCUCCCCAUUCCAGAGCUCUCCCACAUUUGGGAGCUGAGCGACGUGAACAAAGACGGAGCCCUCACCUUCCCAGAGUUCUGCAUCGCUUUUCAUUUGAUCGUAGCUCGUAAAAAUGGAUACCCGCUCCCGGAGAGCCUUCCUCUAACCCUGCAGCCGGGGUUCUUGCUGCACGAGGAGGAGAUCCCAGAUACUCCGGAGAGCGCAGAGCCUUUGAUCGUCUUUGAGGAUGCAGAGAGCAGGCCCAGUCAGAUGGAUCUCAGUGUUAAAGAGAGUCCCCGGAAGAACGGCAGAAAACAAGGCUUGGAGGAAGACUCCGGUGCACAGGGAGGGAGCAGCUCGUCUCAGGGGGAGCAGACGCUACCUUCCUCUCACAGACCAGAAAAGCAUCUAGUUGCUGAGGGGAAGUUCUCGUUUCUCACUUCUGAUAAAGCCGACGCUCCUCCUGUGUCCUUCCGCCCAGAGCCACCUCAGGACCUGGACCUGCACAACAGAACCAGAACCCGACCCAGGUCCCACUCCAGCACCUCUAUUGAAGAGGCCAUGAAGAAGGCCGAGGAGCCGCCCACCCCUCCCCCCCGACCACAGAAAACCCAUUCCAGAGCCUCCUCACUGGACCUCAACAAACUGCUCCAGCAGGGAGCUCCAGGAGUAAAAAGUGGAUGGUUGCUGCCUCCCCCUGCACUUCCCCCAAGACCAUCAGCCUCGCAGGUUUCCCAUUUCACCAACGUUUCUGAGAAGCCGCAGAGCAAAGUGCCGCAGCCGAACUUCGCAGACUUCAGCCACUUCAGAGAGGAGGAGGAGAGCGCUCUGAAACCCGAAGAGCCGGGUCUGCAGUCCGGGUUUGGACUGAGCACAGAGGACUUGACGAGUACAUCCAAACAGGACGUUUCUGGGACGUGUCACAGCCAGGCGCCACAAAAGCCAGUACGAAGGAAACUCCACACAGAGAACCAAAGCUCCGAGAGCCUCCCUCCACCUGCCGUGGCGUUCCCCCUCCAGGACAAACCAGUUCAGAGGGCGCAGACCAAGCAGAAGAGGGAGAUCCAGAUGGCGAUCCGCAAGAACAGGGAGACCAACGCCGUCCUGACUCGCCUGAACAGCGAGCUGCAGCAGCAGCUGAAGGUGGUUCACCAGGAGAGGGUGACCUUGGAGACCCAGCUGGAGCUCCUGCGGCCGAUGGCCUCCACGUGACCGAGCCCCGGGUCUGGUUGGGGUCAAGCUGCAGACUGUUGCAUCUGUUUUAAAGACUAAAGUUUGAAGGCUUGAGUUGGAAGUACUUCACGCGUGUUAAAGGGCUGAGAGCGACCCGACAGGCGGGGAUGUAGCUAAGCGUCUGCUCCAUGUGUCUCUGCUACUGCUAACUCCCUCCAGGAUUAAGACACAUAUUUAUUCAUCAGUGUGUUUUCUAAAAGAUUUUCUAUCAGUUUCUCCAUCAAUUAUGUAAUUUUCACUCACAACACUGUAAGCCUGAUGCAGGUUCAUGCUCCGUGAAAGUCCCACUCCGAUCAUUUUUGAGUUUUGUCAAAGACUUCCCAAUGCUAUUUUAUUUAUGACGAUUAUGUUUUUAGCCAAAAUCAAAAAACUGUGUCGUUUUCUAGGACAUAGUUUGUGCAAAGAGGCAGGAGUUCAUUAAAACUAAUUUGUGGGCAGGUCUGAUGAGUAAGCCUGCACUCAUUUCCCAUCAUCCUCUCCAGUAGCUAACAGCCUUUCACACGCUAAGCUAACAUUACUAGUGGACCAAUACCAGAGUUAUCCAGCCGUACAGUUUUGAUCCAGAUUCCAGCUCAGACGAGGAAAACAAAGACGUUCAUGGAUCUAUUUGUCUGCAGGUGGAUGCAUCAGAAUGGAGCGAGCAGGGAGCUUGUAGCCUGUCGAUUGUAGCAUCUACGUCAGAGCUGCAAGCUUUUUCAAACAGUAUUUUGUUCGUCUGGUCCUGAUUCACAGCGGCUAUUUUGAUCUUAAUUUUCUUUAUAUAUGUCCUUCACCAUAACAAGAACAUGUUAAAAUCUCAUUUUCAUUGGAGUGGGUCUUUAACACAUCCUGCAUUUCAUUUACAUCAAGGUCUAAAGAGUAAGUGAAGGUGCUACUGAUUCCUGUUUGCACUUAAAACCAAGAAACCAAGAUUCUGAGUGUGUGAGGAAAAAAAGCAGUGACGCCUGCACUGAAAAGCUGUUUUCACUUAAACGUUUACACCAAAUUUUAUUAUUUUCCUUUUAUAAGCAAAAAAAAAAAAAGUAUCUGAUUUGAUUCCAGUUUGUUCAUGGUUAUGAUUCAAACUCUUUCUACCAGCAAGAUUGUGGUGAGUAACAGAAAAGCACAGAACAGCAUCAAACAUGCAGGUUUGACCUUUGGUGCCGCCGAGGCUAACCUUUAGACCGCUGUCCUUUGAUGGAAGGAGGCGGCUGGAAUACAUGAAGGCAUGACUGAUACUGCAUGAAUGUUUAAGUGUCGUGAACACCAGGGUGUGAGUUACCCUGAAGUGCUACACGACCGAUUAUCGCAAUGUGAGUAAACCAAUAAAAUGAUCUAUUUUGAA